CUGGCUGGCCCUGUAACUGCGGACUACAGCUCCCAGGCCUUCUCCGAUUCCAAACUGCACAGACUCAGAGCCCCAUGCCUGGAGGACGUGGUUACAUUGUGUCUAUUGUAAUCCCUGGACUUGUGUGUUUGUACAUUUCUCGGGACGUGAAAUUGAGACUGAAAAGCAUGGCAGAUGAGCAAGAAAUAAUGUGCAAAUUGGAAAGCAUUAAAGAGAUCAGGAACAAGACCCUGCAGAUGGAAAAGAUCAAGGCCCGUUUGAAGGCUGAGUUUGAGGCCCUUGAAUCAGAGGAGAGACACCUGAAGGAAUACAAGCAGGAGAUGGACCUCCUGCUACAGGAGAAGAUGGCCCAUGUGGAGGAACUCCGACUGAUCCAUGCUGAUAUCAAUGUGAUGGAAAAUACCAUCAAACAGUCUGAGAAUGACCUAAACAAGCUGCUGGAGUCUACCCGGCGGCUACAUGAUGAGUAUAAGCCACUAAAGGAACACGUGGAUGCCCUGCGCAUGACUCUGGGCCUGCAGAGGCUCCCUGACCUCUGUGAAGAGGAGGAAAAGCUCUCAUUGGAUUACUUUGAGAAGCAGAAAGCAGAGUGGCAGACAGAGCCUCAGGAGCCCCCCAUACCUGAGUCCCUGGCCGCUGCAGCCGCUGCCGCCCAACAACUUCAAGUGGCUAGGAAGCAGGACACUCGGCAGACAGCCACCUUCAGGCAGCAGCCCCCACCUAUGAAGGCCUGCUUGUCAUGUCAUCAGCAAAUUCAUCGGAAUGCACCUAUAUGCCCUCUGUGCAAAGCCAAGAGUCGGUCCCGGAACCCCAAAAAGCCAAAACGGAAGCAGGAUGAAUGAAGAGAGGGAGAACACAUAGAGCUCUGCUGCUCAUAACCCCUCCUCUUGUUCAGUGAUUAAUGUCCUGAUGUGAAACAACCCUUCCCCACCUCUACCAAGUCUCCCAUUUAAUGUGAUAGAAGCACAACCCCUCUCUCACUUUUCUUUCUUUAGGCUCUUGGGGUUUCUGUUUAGGAAGAGAUGUGGUUCAGGUGCUAAUGACAGUGUGUUUGAUGAUCCCUUCUCUGCCGCCCAAUUUCCACCCUUGCCCUUGUUUGGAGCUAAGGGAAGGGCAGAAGGCCCAAAUGUGAUUCUCUGUUUCUUGUGCCUGAGGCCUGGAACCUAUGGUCUAAGGGUUGGGGGAGGCCCAUAUUUUGUUUCAUGUAAAGGUUCCAGUCUGCCACCUCCCUGUACUUUUGCUUUAGGCUCUGAAAGGACAACAGUCAUCUUACUGGCCUUUACAGUAGGCUUAUAUAUGUAUCUCCCCUACUCUCAUCUCAUCCUCAUGGCCCAGAGGUAGCUUGGACAAGCCCUCCUCUUCAUAUUCAUUUUGGAGGCCUGGCUGUUAUUAUAGAGUUUAUCACCCCACCUCCACCCCAAGUCUCCCAGAUAUACGAAAGUUCUCAUGUACCAGGCUGUGUGUCUGGGGAUCCUGAGAUCUACAGGCCUUUCUCCCAUAGUCCUAGUUUUUACAAAUUAGUAGUAGAAGUUCCGCCACAAAAUAAGGGAGCUGGAGCUAUACCCACUCCAUAAGUUCUGCUUAACUUGCUGCCUAAGUCAUUGGGCUGAGGGCUCUGCAGUCGGGCCUGCCUUAGGCUGAGAGGGG